UCUGUAGCAAAGCAGAGGAUCUAGGAAGCACAAGCAGGAUCGACCAAACACAAACAGCGUCUAGUUCACCGGUUAGUCAGCCCGACCGAUCGACCGAUCAUCCGGCAAGAAUGGUUGCGACAAAGUCGGGCGAGCUGAGGGCGCUAUUCGCGUCGCUGGACCAGAACGGCGACGGCCGGGUCUCGGCGGCGGAGCUGCGGGGAUGCAUGCGGGCAACUCUGGGCGAGGACGUGCCGGCGGAGGAGGCUGAGGCGCUGGUGGCGUCGGCGGACGCGAACGGGGACGGCCUGCUGUGCGAGGCUGAGUUCCUCGAGCUGGCGCAGCAGGCGGCCUGGGCGGGCCACGCGGGGGAGGAGGACGAUGAGCUGAGGAUCCGGGCACUGAGGGAGGCGUUCGGGAUGUAUGAGAUGGAGGGGCAGGGGUGCAUCACGCCGGCCAGCCUCGGGCGGAUGCUCGGCAGGCUCGGCGCUGAGCAGGGUGCCGUCGAGUGCCGCGCCAUGAUUUGCCGGUUCGACCUCGACGGUGAUGGCGUGCUCAGCUUCGACGAGUUCAAGAUCAUGAUGAGCUAGCUACCUAGCGCCAGGAUCCAACCAUAUACUCCUAGUUUCGUCUUGCAUAUAACUAACUUCACUCAUUUGUUCGUUCAAUCAUUCAUUCAUUCAUUCGAUUGUUAUACUGUCCUAAUACAAAGUUUUAAUGGUGAUGCACAAACAGUAAUUGAUCUAUGUGAAU